GUGCAAUUCGACGAGUCAAGUUUCCCUUCCCCAGAUGCAUUAUCAGAAAUCCCUUCACAAGAGGUGCCAGUCUUACCAGAUAUACCACAUUCACCGGAUAUACCUACCAGCCCUCCCUCAGAUUUGUGUGCCCAUCCAUCGCCUAAUAGUAGCCAUUUUACUGUACCCCCGCAUCCAGCUAGGAAACGCGCAAAGAGACCAUUGCCUCAACAUAUUGAAAAAUCAAUCGAGACACUCCAGUCAAUUAAAAAUCAAGCUCUGUGUAAUAGAGAAGUAG